AUGGCACAGUUGCACAAGCGUGUCUUUGAGAAGGACAAGCUCCUGCCCUUCAUGCAGAAGGUUCUGGCUCUGAAGGAGGCGGGGCAGCCGGCCGUUGUGAAGGAGGAGCUCAUGGUACAGCCCAACACAUGGUGGGGCGUCAAAGGUGGCUACAAGUUGGAGUUCAUCAUCUUGUACCUCGAAACCUCCACAGACUUUCAACAAGCGCUUCCCCAAGAAACGCAGCAGAACAUCGCGGAGGGAAGCAAAGGCCUUUUUGUAAACUAUCCGAUCUACUCGACCACGGGAAACAAUGGUGACACAGAUCCGCUUGGGCUCACGCCUGCUCAGGUCAAUCUACUAGCGGCCCAGGGCGAAUACUCGGUGAUGCAGAACCGUCAGAUGUUCGAGAGCUUCCUCAGCGAGGUUGCUGUCUAA